AUGGCUCAGAAAGCGGCCAAAACACUUGCCGCGAGAAACACUGCGGUACUUCGCCAAACACACUUAACGACUCUGUGCCUCCACGCCAUCUUUCUCUUCCUACAUUUUGUUUUCCAUCGCCCACACUCUCUUGUUCCAUAUGCCAUUUUUACAUCUCCUACUCUUCUCAUAGAGUUUUACUUUGAGCGCCUUGGUCGUCCACGAUAUAACCCAGGUGACAGUUCCAUCCGAUCACCCGGCGAGGACCUCGAUGCCUCUGGAUUGACUGAGUAUUUCUGGGACGUGCUCUACUGGACUUGGGGAUGUAUGGGUGCUGUUUGCGUGUUUGGUGAUAAAGCAUGGUGGCUAUGGACUAUUGUUCCACUAUAUUCGGCUUGGUCAGCAUAUACAACGUUUAUGGGUAUUAGAAAAGGGUUUGCUGGCAGUGUAGACGGGAAUGACAUCGCUCCUAUGCCUGAGAGCAAGAGGCAGAAAAAGCUGGAGAAGAAGGGUCAGCGCGUUAAAUACCGCUAG